CAAAAUAAUGAUUCACUCUAAAUUUAACAAGCAAUCACACCCCCAUAGCUGGCUCGGCCAUUAUAAAUUUAUAAUACGUCGUGAAAGACUUAGAUGUUCCAAAGCGAAAUCAUCAAAACAAAUAGUAUCACUCACAAAGAGAAGGUGAAGAUGACUCAGUCUCAAACCAACGGCGGAGACGGAGCAGGAGCCAUCGCAUUGGCAGAGCCUCCUUUGAACAACGAAAUAAUAAUGUUUAAUAGGAGCCUGAGCACGAGCAGCUGUUUGUCAAAGGAAGACGAGGAGAUGACUCGUACUGCGCUUUCAGCGUUUAGAGCUAAAGAGAGUGAGAUCGAGAAGAGGAAGCUGGAGGUUCGUGAACGUGUCCAGGCUCAGCUCGGUCGGGUCGAAGAAGAAACUCGCCGCCUUGCCACAAUCCGCGAGGAGCUUGAAUCUCUUGCUGAUCCCAUGAGGAAGGAAGUUUUGAUUGUCCGCAAGAAGAUUGAUAGCGUUUACAAAGAGCUCAAACCAUUAAGUUACUCUGUUCAAAAGAAGCAAAGGGAAUACAAAGAAGCAGUUGAUGCAUUCAACGAGAAAAACUUGGAGAAAAUUCAGCUGAUCACAAAACUCAUGGAGUUGGCUGGAGAAAGCGAGAAUCUGAGGUUGAAGAAGCUUGAAGACCUGAGCAAGAGCAUUUAGAAUAUCACAACACACAUGCAUGACAAAGAUCAAUCAAGAACUUACUUGGGUCUUGGUUCAUUGUGUGAAUUAUGAUGUAUCUUCUUUCUUCUUUUGUAAAAAUUUGAAAUUUGUGGGUGUGUUUUUAUUUAUAAAUAUUGCAUACUUGUAUGUAAAAAAGUUGUCAUUCUUACACAAAUCUUCACAGCACCUUUCAUAUAA